CAAAAACAUCACAGCUUUUUCGUCACACUGAAAUUCAACAGAAGACAUGACAACUGAUGCUUACGAAAACUGAAAAUGGCAAGCGUCACAUCUGGACUGAGUAAUGAUGCUGAAUACAUGUGUGAUACUAAUGCUCCCACCAUCACUGGACCCCUUUUCAUUUUGAUCUUCAUCCUCAGUAUCAUAGGCAACAGCCUGCUCUUAUGUGUUCUUUUCAUCUACGAGGGCCUGAAAAGUAUCACAAAUAUUUUCAUCCUGAACCUGGCCUGCUCUGAUUUGAUCUUCACCAUCACACUUCCAUUUUGGGCUGUUCAUCACCUACACCACUGGGUCUUUGGGGACUUUAUCUGCAAAUUCAUGACUGCUGCAUUCUUUGUUGGUUUGUACAGCAGUGUCAUUCUGCUGACUGCCAUGACAGUGGCACGUUUCAUUAGGGUGGUGCUGCCAAACUGGAAAAAUAAUCGUGCUCUAAGAAAGAAGUGUGCAGUUGGUGCUUGUAUAGCUGCCUGGAUCAUCAGCAUCUCAGCGUCCCUGACGGAUGCAACAAAAGUAAAGUUUGAAAACUUGGAUGGUGAAAACUAUUGCUAUGAUGAAUCUGAAGACAAGCUUGGACAUUAUCUCCAAGUGUCACUGCUAUUCUUCCUCCCACUGGCCAUCAUUAUUUUUUGCUAUUCUGCAAUCCUCAAGACAGUUUUACAAGGUUUAAAUAGAAAGAAGCACAAGACUAUAGCUGUGCUGUUGUGUAUUGUUGCAGCCUUUUUCAUUUGCUGGGGGCCAUACCAUAUUAUGCUUUUAAUUACUUCCCUUUAUAAACCCAAAGGUUGCAAGGCAGAGGAACGGUUAGAAGUUGCCUACCAUAUUAGUGAAAUGCUUGCCUAUUCUCACUGCUGUAUGAACCCUCUGCUAUAUAUGCUCUCAAAGAAGUUGCGAAAGCAUCUUUUGAAUCUUUUGCGCUGUGAAAAUGUGCGCAGGAAGAAGAGAGAGAGAGACACCAGGCAGAAUGUGGCUUUCACUGCUGACAGUCCACAUAGUCAGUCAUUAAAUUAAACAUUGAUUCAGUUUGUAACUGUAAAUGUAGAGACUGUAUUUCUUUCAUAUAUA